AUGGUCAAACCCGUUGAAGAACUGGCCGCGCUGCCGGGCGACGACAAACCCUGGUACAAGCAUGCUCACCUGCGGAAGCUCAACUUUAUCACACUGUCCAUGGUCCUGUUCUCCUCUGCCAACGGUUACGAUGGAUCCAUCAUGGGUGGCCUCCUCGCCCUACCAAACUGGAACAGCUUCAUGCACAACCCAUCCGGCGCCUACCUGGGCUGGAUCACCGGUAUAUACUGGCUGGGCAACGGCAUCGCCUUCCCGGUAGCCGCAUGGGUUUCCAACAACUACGGGCGCAAACUCGGCAUCUACGUCGGGUACCUGUUCCUAGUACUAGGCGUGGUCAUGCAGGCAGCAGCACAAAACGAGGCGACCUUCACGUACUCGCGGCUGUUUGUGGGAAUCGCGGCCUCGUGGCUGGGCAACUCGGCGCCGCUGCUGAUCAACGAGAUAGCGCACCCGAAGCAGCGGUCCGUCGCGAACGCGCUCUUCAUGGUCGGCUGGUACUUUGGCGGCACGCUGUGCGGCUGGGUGACGUUCGCGUGCCGCAACAUCCCCUCGGACUGGUGCUGGCGCAUCCCCGUGCUGCUGCAGAUCGUGCUGCCCUUCGUCGCGCUGCCGGGCUUCCUGCUCGCGCCCGAGAGCCCCCGGUGGCUUAUUAGCGUCAACCGCGUCGACGAGGCCACCGAGAUCCUUGCUAAGCACCACGCCGGCGGCGACAGGAACGACCCGCUCGUUGCGUACCAGGUCGUCGAGAUCCAGGCCACCAUCACGGCGGAGAAGGAGGCUUCGUCAAGCGCUUCGUAUGCGGAUAUGAUCAAGACACCCGGUAACAGGCACAGGCUAUUCAUCUCCAUCAGUCUCGGUAUCUUUGCGCAGUGGGCUGGCAACGGCGUCGUCUCGUACUACCUGCCCCUUGUGCUGAACUCCGUCGGGGUUGAGUCGGUCACGGACCAGACCCUGAUCUCGGCGUGCUUGAACGUCUGGAACCUCCUGUGGGCCAUCGCGGCGGCGACCAAUGUGGACCGGCUGGGCCGCCGGUUCCUCUUCCUGACCUCUGCGAGCACCAUGUUGACUAGCUUCAUCAUCAUCACCGGCCUCAGCGGGGCGUUCGCCGAGUCUGGGUCCUCGCAGAUCGGCCUGUCCGUCAUCCCCUUCCUGUUCGUCUUCUUCGCCGGCUACGACAUCGCCAUGACCCCUUUCCUAACAGCUUACCCCUGCGAGAUCUGGCAGUUCAGCCUGCGGUCGCGCGGGCUGACGGUAUCGUGGUGCUCGACGGUGGUGGCUAUCUUCAUCAACACCUUCGUGAACCCGAUCGCGCUCGAGGCUAUUCACUGGAAGUACUACAUUGUCUUCAUCGUUAUGCUGACGCUGCUGCUCAUCACCGUCUAUUUCGCCUACCCGGAGACGCGCGGCCACACACUGGAGCAGAUGGCCGUCAUCUUCGAUGGGCCCGAUGCCGCUGCCCCGCCGCCGGCCGUCGUGAGCGAGAAGACCGAGGUCAUGGUCACACACUCAGACGUGGACAGCCGGCCUUAUCAGGAAGAUGCGGAGCACAAGGUCUGA